GAUCUCGCAAAUCAAUGUAGACAAAAAAUAGAUUCAAAAAUGUUUAGAAAAGAUAUAUUUGAUAAACUUCAACAACAUUGUUUUGACCUUAUGGUUCAAGAUUCUCUUCCAAAAUUCUUGCGUAAAUCUAUGAUGCAUGAAAAUUCUUCUCCUUCAAACUCUUCAAUACCUUCUCAUCUUAAGCCUCCAUCUUCAUCUCAGAAACCACUUUUUGGUCCGAGGAGAUCACUUUCCUCUGGUUCUCUUCGAGCAAGAAUGGCUUCAACCUUGGCAACUCUUAAAACUGCUGUUAGUGAAGUAAAUAUUUCCACUGGACUUCAGUUGAACUCUGCCACUACAGAUAAUCAAACUCCCAAAUGUAAUAAAAACAAUAUCUCUGCACCUAUACCCCAAACUUCUCGAACAAUAAUGGCUCAAAAAAAUAAGUCAAAUUCUAGCUUCAAUAUCUCUACAGUUUUAGCAAAAUGA